AUGGCGCGACCAUGCGUCCAGACUACCAUUCAUGUGCUUUCAAUAGACAUUUCACAAAAGCUCAGGUCGGUGGCGACCCUGUCUAACUGGCUUCCAAGGGACAUCGAGGAUAUCGAUCUAGACGACUCGCGCAAGCUUGCCAGACGAUGCCGACUACUAGAAGAUCGCGCUGCUGCACGGACUCCCAAGGAAAGGCGGCGCAUCGAUAAGCAGCUCUAUGAGCUUGAAAUUGCGUCGGAAGAAGAAGCCCAGCGACGGAAGGGUCUCUUUGAUGCCGGACUUGUCCUUGAGCGCUCCCAGCGACUAGAGAAUGCUGUGCAUCGACACGAUAUACCCGAACUCAUAGAAUUGAUCCGCACGCUGGAUUCGCGCAACGUGGGUGGAUUAUGCAAUCCAGAGUUGUACGACCAUCCUGGAGUUCCAACCGAGCCAACAAUUGGGCGCUAUCAAAGGGCAGUCAUCAACGCAUUCGAUUUGCUCACGAUGGCCUGCCUAGGCGAAGACGACGAGCCCGAUAAGCAUGAAAUCCUCGAAGCUUUGAAACAGGCGAGAGUCAUUUAUGGUAAUACCGCUCUCUGCUGCUCCGGAGGCGGCACCAUGGGUAUGAGCCACAUCGGUAUCAUCAAGGCGCUGCGUGACAUCGACAGACUGCCUCGAGUGAUUUCGGGCUCUUCCGCCGGUGCAAUAGUGUGUGCUAUACUAUGCACGAGAAGCGACGAAGAGCUUCCGAAAGUACUGGAAGAGUUUUGUCACGGGGAUCUAGCAGUGUUUGUAGGAGCUCACGAGCCGACCUGGUUGCUUGCGCGAGGCAUUGCAGCCUGUUGGAGGGGCGCCUUCUUCGAUAGCUCCAAUCUCAAGCGUGUUAUGAAGGGCCAUUUGGGCGACAUGACCUUUCUGGAAGCCUACAGCAAGACUGGCAAGAUCCUCAACAUCACGGUAUCGAGCCCAGAAGUAGACGGCGGGGCAAACCAGAUUCUGAACUACGCCAAUUCCGCAAACGUAGUCAUCUGGUCGGCAGUUGUGGCGUCUUGUGCGCUACCAUUGGCGUUCAAAGCAGGCCGGUUAUAUGAAAAAGACCCGAUCACGAAAGAAGUUCAUCCUCGCGCAGAUGGUGUACACCAUUUUGACGGCUCUUUCCAGAGCGACAUCCCACUACGACAACUGGCGAAAGAAUGGAACUGCAGCUAUUUCAUAGUCGCGCAGAACAAUCCGCAUGUUCUGAUAGCAUCGCAGUCAAGGAGGAGACUCGGCGAAGGGACGCUCGGGAAAGCAGUGGACCGUCUAUGGCUCGCCGCUUUCCAACAGUCCACUUACAUCUUGCCUAAGUUUGGAAGAUAUGGUAAAGCCCUUGCGGGAAUCCUCGAUCAACCAUACUCUGGCGACAUCACCAUUAGUCCCGAAUGGACGAUCAAAGGCACCCUCAAGGUACUCUCCAAUCCGACACCAGACUUCAUGGAAGCAUCGAGGAGGAUCGGCGAGCAGAUCAUCGAGCCGUACCUACCGAUGAUCAAGAACCAUAUGAAGAUUGAACGCGCCCUCGAGCGGGCGUACAGAGAUGUGACGGAGGCAUGCCAUUUCAGUGAGAGCCAGAGCGAUCUGCGCCGCUUGCGACUCGGGCAUGCUGCCAAACUGCGGCGGCUUGGCAGUACACAGAGCAUGCCUGGUCUCAAUGCACGGUCGACCAGUCGGAGCGUCACGAAAGGCCACAGGAGAGCGAAGACAGAGACUGCUCCAGAUGUUGAAACCCAUUCCAGCCACCAGCAGUCAUCCGACUCAUCGUCCAGCGACCGCCGCGCCAAAUUCAGCCUCGACCUAGACGACGACUCAGACAAGCAGGCAAACGACAACGACUCCGCCACCUCACGCACGCCACCACAAGAUCCAGUCGAAGACGACUCAGACAUGGAAUCCAAACCAUGGCUCCUGAAAUCCCACUCCGCCCCCUCCUCACCACGACCCUCAGCACGAACCGUGUUCGACAGCCCCACAAAAUCAAAACACCCAAUCGUCACUCCCUUCUCCCUGCUCAUGACCCCAGCAACCGACCGAUCCGUCUCGCCCGAAGUCCGACGCGCUACGUCGCCAGAUGUGCCAGUAUCGAGGAGAGAUAGCGCCCGACAACCAGGAUCCGCCGUCAGGAUCUCUGCGAGGUCGCCGACGAGGACUCCGCGGGUGAUAAGGCGGACGCAGAGCCCGAGGGAUAUGUUUAAUGUGAGAGAUGCGCUGCCGCGGCCGAAGAGGAGGAAGCGGAAUUUGAGUACGGGGCAUUUGGGGGUGCGGCAGUGA